CUGUCAUAGUAUUCGAGUUACGGCAAACAUAUCGCGGAAAAUGACAAUAAUGAAUAGUUCAGUCUGCUGGAGUAUGAUAUUCACAUUUCUAGUUCGGAGAAAACCCGAUGUUUCGGAGGAACAUAUCGCAUCCAUUUUCAGGGUCAAAGAGGAAGCAAAGCAAGAAACGGCGUAGUAUACCCUCACCAAAUAGGAUCAUUCGACUUUCUACUGUGACGUUCACUGGAAUUUUUUCUAGUUUUCCAAUAAGCGGAUAGUUUGCAACAGUCGAACCCUUCGACAAUGAUUCGAUUGUUCCCGUUACUACCUUCAUUCCGCGAAUUGUGCAAAUAGAAGAGGGUGUUCUCAAGAACGUGUUUCAAAAUGAAUGCGGUAGAAGUUCAUGCGUCUGUGGCAAACGGUAUUCCACAGUCAGCUCACAUAUCCAGGACAGUGACGCGAAUGAAGAAAGUUCCAGAGUUACCUGUUCUGGAAAAUCGAAAUUGGCUAAUUCACCUUCAUUAUUCAAGGAAGGAAUUUGGUAUUUGUAAAAUUCUGCUGCAGGAAGAAUUGGAGAAGAGCAAUGGGAUGUGUGAAUAUGCAAAUUAUGUCCAGGGUCUCAUUUUGCGACAUGAAGGGAAGAUUCAGGAAUCUCUUGAAUAUUUUCAGACAUGUCACAGUCUCAAUCCAAGAAACGUAAAUAAUAUCAAAGAAGUGGCCCGUUCCCUUUAUCUCCUUGGACGACAUAGAUUGGCCAUAGAAGCAUACCUGGAAGCAGAGACUGUAUCUAGCAAACCAGACUGGGAUAUUUAUCAUAACUUGGGGACAUGCUUGUUUCAUGUUGGUGAGCAUACAAAAGCCAAAGCAUACUUAAUGACAGCCAUUGAACUGAGUCAUCAGGAGGGCUCAUAUGUGGAGUUGGCCAAGAUUCUUCUUCUUGAAAAUGACAUCCAAGGAGCCAUUGGGAUUUUUAAUGCUGCUCUAGAAUGGUAUCCAGACAGCUGUGAGCUUGCAACAUCAUUGGGACUGGUGUACAUGAAGACUGGACAGUACCAACGUGCAUUUGAGAAACUGGGCUCUGCUCUCGCGCAUGACCCAAUGUGUACUAAGGCCUUAUUGGCUGCUGGUUCUAUGAUGCAGAAUCACAAGGAUUUUGAUGUUGCUCUCUCCAAGUAUAAAAUCGCUGCACAGUUUUUGCCUGAGUCUAUUCCCCUCUGGAAUAAUAUUGGAAUGUGCUUCUUUGAAAAGAAGAAAUAUGUGGCAGCCAUCAGUUGCCUUAAAAGAGCGAACUAUUUAUCUCCGUUUGACUGGAAGACUUUGUACAACUUGGGGCUGGUUCACCUCACAACAAAACAGUAUGCAUCUGCUUUUCAUUACCUCUCAGCAGCAAUCAACUUGAAUCCUACAUGUGCAAAAACCUUCAUGUUACUGGCUUUGGCAUUAAAGAACCUUGGAGAUCCUGAUAAUGCUCGUCAUGCAUUUGAACAGGCAUCAAAACUUGAUCCAGUUGAUGCAGCUGUGGCAUUGAAUUAUGGAGUACUCUUGAGUUCGGUUGGAGAAAGAGAGAAGGCGUCAAUUCAGUUGAGGAGGUUCCAGGAGCUUGCAGAAGGAGGUUCAGGACUUGAUCAAGAGUUAUUAGAGACAGCACAAACCCUGAGCUUCAGUUUGACAAGGGUGAACAAAGCUGACUUGGAUGUGAAUGCUGAUGAAAGGAGCAAGAAGGACAUGACAGAUGAUGCUGAUAAGUCGAGGAAUGCCGAUCAAGUGGUCACAUCAGAGAUGGAUCCUGAUGAAGUCUGAAGGAUGCCCUAUUAUUAACCAAGCUUAGUCUGAAAAAAACUCCUCUGGGGCAGACUGCAAGGAAAACACCACCUCCAGCAGUUGGACACAUUGUUUUCUAUGCAGUUCAUGUCAUCAAGAGAAAGUAGAUAAUUACUUUUUUACAGAACACCUUGUUUUGUAUAACAAUACAAAUUAGAACCAUAAAUCCCUUCUACUUUAAAUGCAUCCUUCUGGUAUUUUCCCAGCAUCUCCACUUACAUUUAUGCAUCAGCAUAAGCAGUAAUAUAUGAAGGGUUUGAUAGACUUCACAGUUUGAAAAUGAGUUCUAGAUUGAGAUCUUAAAGCAUUUGAUUGUGUGAUGCCUAAUUAUACUGAUAUGAAUUUUGGUGUUAGAUUUGAGGUUCUCAUAAUAGUGACUAUGAAGAUCACUGUCUUCUGGAUUGUGACACCAUGUAGCCUGGUAAGUAGUUACCAUAAUACAUUGCAUUGCAUCCUGGAAGACAGUAAUCUUAAUGAAUUUUUGGUAUUUUCAUCUUGCCAUAAAUAAAUUUGUUCAGAAAGAAUACAGUUUUCUCAUAAUCGCAUAUGUUACAUCUGUACCAUACCUCCUGUUAAGUAUGUCCUUGUUAUGAUGCUUCUGCAAGACCAUUAUGCCUUACACUCAAGUAUCAGUAUAAUCAGUUAUUGGAAGGAGUUUCUAAUUCAACCUGUUUAGUGUUGAAUAUUUUUUAGCGUGUUCGAUGCUUUAUGCUGAGCUUUUUACAAGAAUGAAAAAGUCACAAAAUAAAUCUGCACCUAGGCUGACCUAGUGGUAUCACUUGGCCUUAUAUUUGGGAGGUGCUCAACUUGAAUCUUAGUUGGGACACCAACUGCUCAGAUAGAGGUUUCUUGUGGUUUCCCUCAGUCACUCCAGGCUAGUGCCAUGAUUGAGCUGUGGUCACUCCCUUCUAAAUCCUUUUCAAUGCAGCGUUCAAAAUCAUCCUGUCAUGUGACAUUAUAUAGUGUGAAUACUGACAACAUUCUUAAAUAACCAGGGGGCACACGGUAGCAUAGUUGGUUGAGGCACUAUGCUAGAAGCUGGAAGGUUGUGGGUUUGAGUCCCAAUGAG